UAAUAAAGUUCUGGUGCUGCUUUAACAGGGCAUGGCGUUCACCCUGGAGGAAAGGCUACAGCUGGGUAUCCAUGGCCUGCUGCCUCCAUGUUUCCUCUCUCAGGAUGUCCAAGUGCUUCGUGUCAUGAAGAGCUACGAGACACGCAGUAACCCUCUCGACAAAUACAUAUUGCUGAUGACGCUGCAGGACAGAAAUGAGAAGCUUUUCUAUCGUGUGCUAACCUCUGACAUUGAAGAAUUCAUGCCUAUCGUAUACACUCCUACAGUGGGCCUGGCCUGCCAACAAUAUGGCCUCGCUUUCAGAAGACCAAGAGGGUUAUUUAUCACUAUCCAUGACAAGGGGCAUAUUGCCACCAUGCUGAAUUCGUGGCCGGAGGAGGACAUUAAGGCCAUAGUGGUGACGGAUGGAGAACAGAUCCUGGGAUUAGGAGACCUGGGCGGCUAUGGAAUGGGGAUCCCAGUGGGCAAGCUAGCUCUGUAUACAGCAUGUGGAGGAGUGCCACCUCAGCAGUGCCUGCCUGUACUGCUGGAUGUGGGCACUGAUAAUCAGACCCUCUUAGAUGACCCCUUGUACAUCGGCUUAAAGCACAAAAGAGUUAGAGGCAAAGAAUACGAUGACCUCAUUGAUGAGUUCAUGCAAGCUGUCACCGACAAGUAUGGGAUGAAUUGUCUAAUUCAGUUUGAGGAUUUUGCAAACAGCAAUGCCUUUCGUAUUCUCAAUAAAUAUAAUCGUUAUUGCACCUUUAAUGAUGAUAUCCAGGGCACAGCUUCUGUUGCUGUUGCCGGGGUCCUUGCUGCUCUUAAGAUUACAAAGAAUAAACUCUCUGACCACAAGUUUGUAUUUCAGGGAGCAGGGGAGGCAGCCUUGGGCAUUGCUCACUUACUCAUAAUGGCCAUGGCCAAGGAAGGUGUACCUCACGCUGAGGCUGUCAAGAGGAUUUGGAUGGUGGAUUCUAAAGGCCUGAUUGUCAAGGGCAGAAGUCAUCUGAACCAUGAGAAGGAAGAAUUUGCCCAUGAGCAUCCACACAUAAAGACGCUAGAUGAAGUGGUGGAAACCAUCAAGCCCACAGCUAUCAUUGGUGUGGCUGCCAUAGGUGGUGCUUUUACUGAGAAGAUCAUCAAGAACAUGGCCGCUUACAACGAACGUCCAAUUAUUUUUGCUCUCAGUAAUCCCACGAGCAAAGCUGAGUGCACAGCAGAGCAGUGUUACACGCUUACUGAGGGAAAGGGCAUAUUUGCCAGCGGAAGCCCCUUUAAAAAGGUCACUUUGGCAGAUGGGCGCAGCUUCUACCCUGGCCAGGGAAACAAUGCUUAUGUGUUCCCUGGAGUAGCAUUGGGAGUGAUCGCCUGUGGUGUUCGUCACAUCUCAGAUGACAUUUUCCUUACUACAGCAGAGGCGAUUUCUGACAUGGUUACUGAGGAGCAUCUGGCUGAGGGCAGACUGUACCCCCCUCUGAAUACCAUCAGAGAAGUGUCCUUCAAAAUUGCUGUUAAGAUUGUGGACCAUGCCUACAAACAAGGAAUUGCCUCCUGGUACCCUGAACCCAAGGAUAAAGAGGCCUUUGUUUUAUCCCAAGUUUAUAACUCCGACUACGACUCCUUCACUCUAGAUUCAUACAGCUGGCCCAAGGAUGCCAUGAAAGUUCAGAACGUCUAGAUUAUUAAUCUUCAGCCCACUAAAAAGGAUAUUCUCGUAUCAGUCACAUGCCUUAUUUCUCAGUUCAUAAUCAUCUGACGAUAUACACUCCAGCUGCAGGCCACCCACUCCUUAAACGGUAGCUGCUCCCAUUGAUUUGACAAAAGAUGAGCUGUAUUCCCUGAGAGCUUACAGCGAUACAAGUAUGCAGUGUUCAUUCAAAGCUCAAACGUCUUCAGAACAGUGGUUCAGUUCAAAAGCAAAACUGCAGCUAUGUUUAAAGCAGUAACGAGCACUUUCCCAAAUCAACCGAGAUAAUGAAUUUGUGAUCUCCAGUUUAUUAGUUCUAAGUUUGCAUUCUGUCAGUUAUUUAU